ACUGUAAUAUAUAAAUACAUCAAGCUGAAAUAUAUUAGAUUUAACACACAUUAAGCAUUCCAGAGCUCAGCUGAUUGAAUGCAGUCAUGGCGCAAAAGUUUUGGCACCCCUGAGCACACUUUUAUUGUAAUCCCUACAUUUAAAUGUAUUUUUUUUUUAAUCACUCUUUUAAUACCCAAUAUAAAUCACUCACACUCUCAGGAUCUUAAGUCUAUUUUGGCUGAUAUUCUUACAAGUAAUUGUUUUUGCAGUGGUGAUGUUUUUCUUCCUAAAUACAGGAUGUUUCUAUAAUGUGCAAAUGGUGUUAGUGGUAAAUACGAGGUGGUGUCAGCUAAUGGUGUAACUGGUGCUGUUCUGAUGUACGUGUGUUCCCACACCUGCCAUUCCAUCACAGACAGCUGUUUAGAACAUGAACAUCUGUGAGAAACUGGGCACAUCUGCCUCAGAGACGUUUGACGUGAUGUACGUUGGACACGCGGUGUUCGAGGUGUUUUGACUGGAAGAACAUCACUGGAAGAUGAUGUGAAAUUAAGACCUUUGACGAGCUCAACCCCCCGAAAACGUCGAAAACAUUCAGCAACUUGUGCAUGAUGAUUGUCGGAGAACAAUCCCACCCUACUCGCCAGAUUUGACUCUGGACUCUUCCUGAAGAUGAUCGAGUACUUUCUUAUGGCAGAAGGAAACCGACGUCACCCUCAGAAUUUGCAGGGGGUCUUGCGAUUGGCCGUUGAGGCAGGCUCCGCCUCUGAUGGCCCCACCCUGAAUGAACCCAUGUCUCAGGAGAGGAUCGAGUUCCUGCGAGGAGCGCUGUCCGAGGUGUGUAAGGGGCAGCUGGACGAGGUGGAGCAGAUGAAGUGGUGUGUGUCUGUGCUCCUAAAGGACGAGGGAGAAGGACGAGAGGACGAAGAGGAAGAGGAUGAGAAGGAGGCGGUGCUGGAGAUGCUGUGUGACCUGUGUGACAACCUGGACAAUGCAAGAGACCUGAUGAAGAUGGGUGGGCUGGAGGUGUGUUUGUCUCGGUGUGUGUGUCACACAGAGGCAGGUGUACGGUGGCGAGCGGCCGAGCUGUUAGCCUGCAGCGCUCAGAACAUGCCUGAGGUGCAGCUGUACUUGCUCCAGCAGGGGGCGCUACACACACUGCUGCAGCUCGCUGACCACGACACACACCCCACUGUACGUGUCAAAGCUCUCUACGCAGUGUCCUGCCUUGUGCGAGAACAGGAAGUGGGCCUGAGUGACUUUCUGUCACGUGACGGAUUCUCUGUGCUAAUGAGGGGGAUGCAGUCGGACUGUGAGAAAGUGCGUACAAAAUCUGCCUUCCUGCUGCUCAACCUGCUCACCAGCCACCCGGAACACAGAGAUACAGUGCUGUGUAUGGGGAUGGUGCAGCAGUUAGUAGCAGUACUGAGAUCGACACACUCCCCUGUACAUGAACACGUGCUCGGCGUCCUCUGCUGUCUGGUAGAGAACAGUGAGCGGGGUGUAUGUGACUGUAGAGAACCCUCUCUGGGUCUGGAGGAGCUGCUGAACCAGAGGAUACAGGAGCUGCAGGGUCGAGAGGAGAGCCAGGAGGAGGUGGAGUUUUGCGAGCGAUUGCGAGCAGCUUGUUUCCGAGCUCCUCCUCAGGAGGACAAAGUUAUGGAUCGCUGAGUUCCUCUCGCACGACGCGAAUCACUGACCUGCAGCCACUGGCCAUCUCCGGCUUUUUCGUUUUUGUUUAUUCCUUACUGAAAAAGAGACUGAGAAAAGAUUAGGAUUUGUUUAACACGCACACAAACACACACACGUGACACUUUUUUCCUAAAUUGGAUUUCCUAUGAAGCACGUGUUUUUUCUGAGGUCUGUGUUGAUCGACGAGAUGUGUAAUAAAGUAUGGAUUGGA